AUGUAUGAUAUUAUGUUGCAGUUGGAGAAAUUCGUUCGUUCUAACCCUAAAUUUAACGAAAAGUCUUCAAUACUUGGUCAAAUUGCUGGGCGUUUCAAUUGCUCAGGAAUGAACGAUGUGGCUGGUCUUGACAAGAUGGCAAACUUCAGUUCUUUUGAGUUUCGUGUUGGAUCUUGUUUCAAGGUCCUUCAUCAGACAAUUGGAUCGGAUCGCAGUAGUUGUCGUCAGAAAUCAGUGAAUUCUGCAAAGUAUCCUAUGUCAGAAGAUUUGGUCAAUUAUCCUUUGCUUUUUGGUUCAACAACUUAUUGGUUCCAUAUCGGAAAUUUUUGUAUUAUACCGAUUGUGAGUUGA